CUCUCUCUCUCUCUCUCUCUCUCUCUCUCUCUCGUCUUUCUUGUUUGUCUUCGCUUUCAUCCUCUCGACAUUUUCAAUCCUCAAAACGGAACCUGAUAUUUGUUUGUUGUUCUGGACGGAUAGAGAUUUAGGAAAUUUCAAGCUUUUAAUUAGCAAGAUCGAGAUAUUGAACUUUCUUCGAUCACAAUUCUAUACUAGAAUAUCAUUGGAUGUAGCUUUGUGGUUUAUUGAAGAGGGGAGAUGUUAUUUGGCCAAGUAGAAGGUGAACCAAAUUAAGGUUGGAAGACUUUUAAUCUCAUGGAAAACCUAGCAAUGAUUGCCAAUGACCUUGCUGAUGGUUCGGAUUUUGAGGUCGAUGAUGUAAGGUGUGAGAAUCUCACAGAGAAUGAUGUUAGUGAUGAAGAGAUCGAUGAGGAAGACUUGGCGAGGCGAAUGUGGAAGGACAGGGUCAAACUUCGGAGAAUCAAGGAACAGCAAAAGCUUGCUGCCCAACUAGCUGCGGAGAAGCCAAAGCCUAAGCAGACCUCAGAUCAGGCUCGUCGGAAGAAAAUGGCCCGAGCUCAAGAUGGUAUCUUGAAGUACAUGUUAAAGUUGAUGGAAGUGUGCAAUACUCGUGGAUUUGUGUAUGGAAUCAUACCAGAAAAGGGUAAACCAGUGAGCGGCGCUUCAGAUAACUUAAGAGCUUGGUGGAAAGAGAAGGUGAAGUUUGAUAAAAAUGGACCGGCUGCUGUAGAGAAGUAUGAUGCUGAUAACUUUGUUGCUGCGAAUGCGUUGGGCAAUGGAAAAGGAAAUAAUAACAGCCUUAUGGAUCUUCAAGAUGCCACUUUGGGUUCUCUCUUGUCCUCAUUGAUGCAACAUUGUGAUCCACCACAACGGAAGUACCCUUUGUUGAAUGGUACUCCGCCCCCAUGGUGGCCUUCAGGUAAUGAAGAUUGGUGGAUAAAUUUGGGACUACCUAAGGGUCAAGCUCCCAUGUAUAGGAAGCCUCAUGAUUUGAAGAAAGUGUGGAAGGUCGGAGUGCUUACCGGCGUGAUUAAGCACAUGUCUCCUAAUAUUGACAAGAUCAAGUAUCAUAUCCGGAAAUCAAAGUGUUUGCAAGAUAAGAUGAGCGCGAAAGAGAGUUCUAUCUGGUUGGGAGUGUUAAGCAAAGAGCAAAUGCUCGCUCAACAAGUCAGUAGUGAUAAUGGAACGUCUGAAGUAACAGAGACUCCUGCGACAGGUAAAGGAGAAAGAAGAGAUGAUAAUUGUAGCAAUGACAGUGAAUAUGACGUUGAUGGUUUCGAAGAUGCACAAGGCUCAAUAUCGUCUAAGGAUGACCGUGGAAAAGUACAUGAAGGUGCACAACCUAGUGUAGAACAUGCCGUUUCCAAAGUUGCUCAACAUUCUUCACGGGAAAAUGUCAAGCAAGUUCAAGAAAGGGGUGAAGUGGGCAAACAAAGGAAGAGGAAAAGACAUCGGGAAAGUCAGAAACAUGCUGAUGUGCCAACGGAAGCAACUAACGACCAACAGAUCUCGGAGGAAUCAAGAGAUGCUAUUCUGGAUAUGAAUCAAGAUGGUUAUCACGAAAUACAAAAUGUCCAUCAGCAAACUAGUGCAGCAAUGCCUUCAAGGCCGAGCGAAGAAGGUUUUGCAAACCAAUCGCUUGUGCAUGAGCCUGGAUAUCACGACACAUUCAGAUUUUCUUCUGCCAAUAUGCCUGCACAAAGCAUGAGUGUCGGUGUGCAGCCGAUGUUAUAUUCUGGCAUAGAGAAUGAUGGGGUUCUCUCUGGGAAUAAUUUUGGGUUUUUCCCUUCACCCGUGGAUUAUGAAUUGUCUCACAACAAAGAGCAGCACCACCAGUUGCCACUGCCUGGAAGUCAGAUGAUUCCUGAGGGUGCCGGAUUUCCCUCCGCAAGUCAUAUCUUUGGUUAUGAACUCACACUAAAUGGACGUCAGAGCACGAUUGCUGAAGAUAUUCAUCCUUACAUCGAGGAACCAUUCCCAUCUGGCACUGAUAAGUUUGUCAGCAGUCAUUUUGAUCCAACUAUCGAUGAAAUUCCGUUUGACAUGAGUAUGAUCCCCAGUCCACCAUUCCUAGUCGAAGACUUACUCCAAGACGAUGAAGAAUUGAUUGAAUAUUUAGGAGCGUAAGUGAUCGUUUAGUAACACUGUCAUUUGUUGAAUGUAUGAUGAAAUCUGCAGCUCGCUUGUCAUUUUUUGCAACCUGUGGGUGCCUCCAUUGUUGAGCUGCAGAUGAAGGUCUGAACAUGUUUUACAAAUAAAAUUUUACUUCCGGAGCUGAGGUUUACCCAAAAACAUUGCAGUGUAUGUUCAUUGCUUAGCUUUGGAAUUUGUUUGGAUUCAUUUAUCAAUCAAUUUGUUGUCUGAUAUCAGUGAUGUGUGACAUUGUAAUCACUAGGUAUGAUCUUGCUGGAAGAAAGCUUGAUUGUUCGUUGA